AUGAAUUAGGAGGAAGUAUUUUUUAAAAAAUAAUGGUUUAUUCUUUCUCAUCAAGGGAAAAUAGAGCAGUUUUAUGAUAUCAAUUUAAAAAAGGUUGUUUUUAUGUAAAUUUAAUAGGUAAUUGGUUCAGGUACAUAUGGAAGUGUUGUAAAAGCUACAUUGAAGGGAACAAAAAAUUAGAGAGCAGUAAAAGUUAUCCCCAAAAGUAAAGUAAAGAAUCCAGAUAAAUUCAAAAAAGAAAUAGAUAUUUUGAUAUAACUUGAUCAUCCAAACAUUAUUAAAUUAUAUGAAACUUUCGAAGAUUAAAGAAAUGUUUAUCUUGUUAUGGAGUACAAUAUUUUAUAUCUAUUAGAUUAUGUGAAGGAGGAGAAUUAUUUGAUAGAAUUAUGGAUAAGGGAUGCUUCAGUGAGUAUGAAGCAUAUGAAAUAUUUUUAUAAAUUAUGCAAGUAAAAAUAAACAUAUUGAAAUUAGGCUUUAAAUUAUUGUCAUUCAAAUGGCAUUUGUCAUAGAGAUUUGAAACCUGAAAACUUUUUAUUUUUAACUAAGGCUGAUGAUUCACCAAUUAAAGUUAUAGAUUUUGGAUUGAGUACACUAUUUGAAGAUCCAAUUACUUCAAAGUAGACUGGUUAGAAAUUAACAAUGAAAACAAAAGCUGGAACACCUUAUUACAUUUCUCCAGAAGUUUUAAAAGGGAGUUAUGAUGAAUUAUGUGAUAUUUGGAGUGCAGGUGUUAUCCUUUAUAUCUUACUUUCUGGAGUCCCACCUUUCUAUGGAGACUCAGAUCCUGAAAUUUUGGAUGCAGUACAAAAAGGAGAUUAUACAACUGAAAUUCCAGAACUUAAAGCUGUAAGUGAAGCAGCUAAAGACUUGAUUAAACAUAUGAUUAUCUCACCAGAUAAAAGAUAUAAAGCUUCAUAAGUUCUUAAACAUAAAUGGAUGAUAGAAUCAAAUAAACCAACAAAAUGUUUAUAAAUUUAUAUUUUUAUAUAGAAUUGAAACUAAAUUUUGCUUAAUUAAAGAAUUUUAAUGGUAGUAAUAAAUUGAAAAAAGUUGCAUUAACAUUUAUUGCAUCUUAAUUAAACGAAUAAGAAAUUACUGAUUUAGGCAAGUAAAUAUUAAUAAUAUUAUAAAACUAGAUUAUUUAAAUAAUUGGAUAAAAAUGGAGAUGGUGUUCUAACUAUUGAUGAAUUACGAGAAGGAUUAAUUGGAGUAAGUGAUUCUUAGUAGAAGGAUUUAGCAACUAUUAUUAGAAGUAUAGACACUGAUGGAAGUGGAACUAUCAAUUAUACUGGUAUCUAAUUCUUAUUUAAGAAUAGAAUUUUUGGCUGCUACAAUGGAAAAAUCUUUAUAUAUGAAGGAAGAAAAAUUAUAUUAAGCUUUUAAGAUGUUAGAUUUGGAUGGAAGUGGUAAAAUAGAUAAACAAGAGCUCUAAACUGUUUUGGGAAGUAAUCAAACAUAAAUUACUUAUUAUAGAGAGUGAAAAAGUCAUAGAUGAGAAAUAUUGGGAUGAUAUGAUAAGAGAAGCAGAUAAAAAUGGAGAUGGAGAAGUAAAUAAUAAAUUUAUAUUUAUAGAUUGAUUAUAAUGAAUUUAUUGAAAUGAUGGAUAAGUUUAGUUUGAUUAAUUGA